UGAAGGCGAGCAAUACCGCGGCAGACUACCCCGCCGGCGGCGAACGGCUAGGCGGCCAGCCGGUGCAGUUACAAUCGAGCAUGCACCCCGCCCCCCGUGACUGCCAUUAAUGCCGUCUUUGAUCCUCUCGACCGGCGCAACGGGCUACGUCGUCAUCCGCCAUGAUCGAGUAUCACCAGUAACUGCAUCUACCGAUUCUACGGCGGCGCAGCGUCCAUAGAACGGCACACCUACGGUCAGCAGACUAUCACGGCGAUCCGAUCCAACGACGAAGGAAUGAAUCAGGCCUGCACCUCGGCCACGAACCGGGAAUGGUCAGUGAAUCUGCCCUGAAUCUUCGUGGCCGCCCAAUACCAGCGCCGCCGCACGCAACUUGGCAACCGCCCCGAGCAGAAUCUGACACCCCGUCCGGUCAGCUUUCUGUUACCGCCAUUUAAACCUCCUCGUGUCUUUCCCGCCGCAAACCAAUCCAUCGCUCUCCUUCUGCUUGCUUACAAAGCUUCUCAGUGCUGCUCAUCAGAUGACGAGGGACGACCCGACCUAUAAAUACACCUCCUCUCUUCUCCUCCACCCUCAUAGAUCUCACACUCCAAGCUAGCCAACACCAGCUACUGCUCGGUGAACUAGUUUGGUACGUAGCAGCUAGCACGAUGGGGCAGCUUAGCAAGAACCUUCUGGUGGCGUCCAUGGUGGCGGCCGUGCUGGCCGUGGCGGCGGUGGAGCUGUGCGGCGCCAUCCCGCUGGAGGACAAGGACCUGGAGUCGGAGGAGGCGCUGUGGGACCUGUACGAGCGGUGGCAGACCGCGCACCGCGUGCCCCGCCACCACGCCGAGAAGCACCGCCGCUUCGGCACCUUCAAGUCCAACGCCCACUUCGUCCACUCCCACAACAAGCGCGGCGACCGCCCCUACCGCCUCCGCCUCAACCGCUUCGGCGACAUGAGCCAGGCCGAGUUCCGCGCCACCUUCGUCGGCGACUUCCGCCGCGACACCCUGGCCACGCCGCCGUCCGUCCCCGGAUUCAUGUACGCCGCCGUGAACGUGUCCGACCUGCCGCCGUCCGUGGACUGGCGGCAGAAGGGCGCCGUGACGGGCGUCAAGGACCAGGGCAAGUGCGGUAGCUGCUGGGCCUUCUCCACGGUGGUGUCCGUGGAAGGCAUCAACGCCAUCCGCACGGGCAGCCUCGUGUCCCUCUCGGAGCAGGAGCUCAUCGACUGCGACACGGCGGACAACGAAGGGUGCCAGGGCGGGCUCAUGGACAACGCCUUCGAGUACAUCAAGAGCAACGGCGGGCUCAUCACCGAGGCUGCCUACCCGUACCGCGCCGCCCAAGGCACCUGCAACGUCGCGAGAGCGGCCCAGAACUCCCCCGUGGUGGUGCACAUCGACGGGCACCAGGACGUGCCGGCCAACAGCGAGGAGGCGCUGGCCCAGGCGGUGGCGAACCAGCCCGUGUCCGUGGCCGUCGAGGCCAGCGGGAAGGCGUUCAUGUUCUACUCCGAGGGGGUCUUCACCGGCAGCUGCGGCACGGAGCUGGACCACGGCGUCGCGGUGGUCGGGUACGGCGUGGCAGAGGACGGCAAGGCGUACUGGACGGUGAAGAACUCGUGGGGGCCGUCGUGGGGGGAGCAGGGCUACAUCAGGGUGGAGAAGGAUUCCGGCGUCGCGGGCGGGCUCUGCGGCAUCGCCAUGGAGGCGUCCUACCCCGUCAAGACCGACAGCAAGCCCAAGCCCACGCCGACGCCCAGGCGCGCCCUCGGAGCCAGGGAGUCACAGUGAUGCGGCGGAAUUAUUGCUACUACUACUAUCGUUCCUAGUUAAAUUAAGGGUGAAAUAAGUUAAGAUUGAAUUAAAUGGUUCUGCGUGGGCACGCGGCAAGAAUUAAGUGUCACGUGGGACAAGGUCGAUCGAUAUCUAUUUGGAUUUUCUGAAUGUAAUGUAAAAUAUAAUGUGAUGUAAUGUAUUGCUGGUUACAGUGUA